GUAUGAUGCUGCACCCCAGCGUUAGCUUACGAGGGCAAGAAUUUCUAGAAACCCGUGGAGAGAAGCGGUUGUCGAAUAUGAAGAAGAAGACAACGCGCUAUGCAUCAUCAGGUGACGCUAGAAAGGAUGGUUUCCCCAUUAGGAACAAGCAGAGGAUAUAA